AUGAUAGGCCUUAUAGAUAAGAACAAAUUAUGCUUCGUUGAUGGCUCUCUUCCUCAAUCUUCAGCUGAUGCAUCACAUAUGAAAGCUUGGGACAAGUGUAAUAACAUGGUGAUAGGUUGGUUGGUUGCUUCUCUUGAUCGUGUGGUUGCUAAAAGUGUGAUGUACAACAAGUAUGCUUCUGAGAUAUGGACUGAUUUAGAAGAACGAUUUGGUAUUUCUACUUCUGCACAAAUUUAUUACUUACAUGAAGAAUUAUCUAACAUAUCAUCAGAGGAAAAUAAGAGCAUCACUGAGUAUUUCACUAAGUACGGUCCGGUGAAAACAAAUGUUCUCAUGUUACCUGAGCUUCCAAACGUUUCCACAACCUAUUGCAUGCUCUAUCAAGAGCAAAAUCACAAAGAGCUUGCACGAAUUCAUAAUUCUUCUUCCUCUGAUUCUAUGGCUUUUAAUGUCAACAAAAAAUAUGCCUAUGAUAUAAACCAUUCCAGUAACCGUUUCUAUAAGCAUACAAUACAGAUAAUGGAGCAUUUAACAAAACCAAGGCUGGCAUUGGCUUCAAACGCAACUCCACCUAUUUCUGAAACUGAUAACAAAAUUGAUCUUGAAAAUCUUGGUCCAACUGCUACUUAA